CGUGUAGAGGGUGGUAAAAGGCUUUGUAGAGAGAGUAGGGGCAAAUCGCGGGGCUUUGCUGUCACAUUGAAAGAUCAAACCUUUCUCUCUCUCUCUCUCUAAACGGAAGAAGCAUCAGAUCUGCGAUUUCCGUUCACUUUCCUUCCCUAAUGCUGAGAGUCAUGGCCGAUUCUGAUCAUUUGUCCUCUUCCAUUUCGUGAAUUCCCUUCUCUCUAUCGAUACGUUUAGUUCGAUUCCUGUUUGACUUUUGUUUGGUUUCAAGCUUCCUCAAUCGAGAUCUGCUUUUUUAGAUUUGUAUUUGGAGGGAAUUGGGAAUUGACUUCCAUGGCUGCCGCACCUGCUAGGGCUCGAGCUGAUUACGAUUAUCUCAUAAAGCUUUUGUUGAUUGGUGAUAGUGGGGUUGGGAAGAGUUGCCUACUUUUGCGCUUUUCUGAUGAUUCUUUCACAACCAGUUUCAUUACCACCAUAGGGAUUGACUUCAAGAUCAGAACAAUUGAGCUUGAUGGCAAGCGCAUCAAACUGCAAAUUUGGGACACGGCUGGUCAAGAACGUUUCCGAACUAUUACAACAGCUUAUUACAGGGGUGCCAUGGGUAUCUUACUGGUGUAUGACGUAACUGACGAGUCUUCAUUUAACAACAUUAGGAACUGGAUACGUAAUAUUGAGCAACAUGCAUCUGACAAUGUUAACAAGAUACUGGUGGGCAACAAGGCUGAUAUGGAUGAGAGCAAAAGGGCUGUACCUACAUCUCGAGGUCAGGCACUGGCUGACGAAUAUGGCAUCAAAUUUUUUGAGACUAGUGCAAAGACAAAUUUGAAUGUGGAGCAAGUUUUCUUUUCAAUAGCCAGGGAUAUCAAGCAGAGACUGGCUGAAACAGACUCGAAGGCUGAGCCUCAGACAAUCAAGAUCAACAAGCCAGAAGCAGGGAAGGCUGAUGGGAAAGCUGCUGAGAAAUCAGCUUGCUGCAAUUCUUAAGAGAGACACAUGUAAAGGGGCAGUAUUCAGAGGUGACUUCAGAUUUCAAUCGUUAAGAUAACGCUGUGAUAUGUGGUUGGUGUUUGUAUUCUUCUCUGUAAUUCUUUUCGACUAUAACUACUCUCUCUCUGUGGCUCGCUCGUGUGGAAUGUAAUGUUGUAGUCAUUCUGGAAUUAAAACAGUUUGGUUUGGUGUUCUAUCUAAUAUUCACAUCGGAUGCAUCCAUACUGA